CCCUCCAGUCCGGGAGAAGAGAGGAGAGAGGAGAGGAGGCGCUGCUGGGGCUGUUGGAGGAAGCAGGGCAGGCGCCUGGAGCAGGUGGCGGCAGACGAGGCAGGCGGAGCAGCCAGGACAGAGGGCCCUUCCCAAGAAGAGGCAGCAGCCGGGCCAGGCACCUGCGGCUGUUCCUCCGCUCUGCUCCGGGGGCUUCUCCUCCUUCUCCUGGGGCUCCAGAGCCAUGCUCCCAGCCGCUGCUCGAGGCGGGGGCUCCAUGCCGCCUCCCCCGACCGCCACCGCCUACUACCCUCCCCCGCGCAUCACCCUCCCCUCCGGCCUGGAGAUCCUCCGCACUUACUCCGGGGCCUUCAUCUGCCUAGAGAUCCUUUUUGGAGCAAUAGUUUGGAUUUUAGUAGCUGCAACCAAAGUCCCCUUACCACUGCUACAAGGAUGGGUGAUGUUUGUGUCUGUGACGGCAUGUUUCUCCUCAAUUGCCUUCCUCUGCGUGUUUCUCUUCAGUUACAGAGAGAGAAUUUCUAUUGAUUGGAACCGUUUGGAUUUUCUUUACCAUGCAGCCGUCUUUGUCUUUUAUUUUGGGACCUUUCUUCUACAAGCAGCCACCACCUCUUUGCAUGCUUAUCCAUUUAAAUUGACCUUCCACAACAUCUCCCACCCCACCAUAUAUGAAUCAAUUCUAAAUGACCACGAAUACAACUUGAGCAUAUCUGCUGCUAUUUUUGCUUUUGCAACAACAGUGUGUUAUGGGUGCAGCACAGCCCUCGCUUUAAGAAGAUGGAAGUUAUAGCACUAGGAGAGAGACAGCAAGAGGCAGAGAGCUCAAAAGCGUCCCAUCUGCUUUGUGUUCCUGUUCAGAUGAUCAAACGGUGUUCAGUGUGCUUAUCAAAUGAGAGUGGCGUUCCAAAGGAUGAUUGGAAUACAUUUAUAUUUUUCUAAAAAUGUAGAUAUGCAAAAAAAUAAAAGUCCAUGUCAUAAUUUCUACCUUUUUUGACAGCAGAAAAACAUGUUUAUUUUCAAGCUGUGUUGAAUGUGCCACUCUGCUUUCAUGGCCUCGUUUCCAGCUUGCAAAAAUGGAGCAACAGUAAAAUGUUUUGGCCAUUUUCUUUGGAGCCAGGAGAAAUCCUUACAGUUUUUGGACCAUGAAAGAGGUUUACCUUGACAGACAUGGUGAGAGCAGCAGUGACCUUUGUGUGCAAGAUUUUUAAAAAGCAAAAAUUGCUCAUUAUCAUGUGCAGCUGCCAUCUUCCCCCUUCUUGCCCAUGGUACAGCUAAAGCCUCAUUUCAUGUGAAGAACAUGGCAAGGCAUCAUAACCCCAAUUAGCAGUUCCAUUACCUAAUAAUGCAUAAGCAGAGCAAUUUGUUAAAGAGAAAACACACGUGUGAACCAUUGCUGCUAUCAGCAUUUCCCUCUUUCUCUGGCAUCUGCCCUUUCUCCCCUUACUCUCUCCAUUUAAAACAAAAUUCACAUAAUUUGGGGCUGGAAAAAAUGCUGUGCUGAAUAUUUUUGCUCACCUUCAGUUUAUUUAUUUCAUUAGUUCUUAGUUCCUUAUUUUGAUUGAACUACUAGGAACAUUAUCCUCUACUACAGUUAGUAUUAUAAUAAAGCUGAGUGAGGGAUAUCAUUAGCAGACAACUGGACUUUUGGUGCUAAACUAAUGCUUGCAGUAUAAAUUAAGAAAUCCAUGCAGAUGUGUUGCACAAUGAACACACAUGCAAACACAGGAAGGCAGCUAUAAAAUGCUCAACUGCAACCCUUCAGGAUGAGAUACUGAGCAAUCUCCAUUCAUUUCAACAGAACUUGCAUGGAACAUGAGUUGCCAGGCUUGUUAUCAACAUUCUUGUGUGAAUCUGUCCCCUCUUGUUACCCCCCGCUCCACACACCUUUACUAGUGUCUCACAAAUUUGAUGUUUCUGUUUAGCUAUGAUCACCAUGAGCCUGAGACUUUGGAUUUCCAAAAUCCUGGCAGCCUUACCACGUGCCUCCUCCUUGACUCCCAUGUCAAUCUAUUGAAAUGACUAGAGAUUGUUCAGUAGCAGCAUUUGGUGAAUAUGUCCAUUUCCUGACACGUUUGCUCUUUAUGUCUAUGCAGGCUGGGCCAUCAGGUUUUGUACUAACUAUCUUAGUGUAAUCUUUUGGCUUCCCUUUUUUAAAAGGUAAUUUUGGGAGAGGGGAAGUGCUUAACGUUCAUUCACUACAUACAGGAGUCUAGCUGUGGUAGAGGGCUUCACCUGUAAAGCUCAAAGCACUUUAGGGAAAAGGUUAUUAUAAUAGCCCUAAUGAGUGAUUAUAGCAGAGCCUGUACCAUUGGCAGAGAUCAGAAGUGUACCUUUGUAAAUUGAUUUGUAUUCUUAUUAUUUCUUGGUUUAAAACAACUGAGAAUAUCUGUAUUAGAGAUGAAACCAUUUAAACAAGGCAAUUACUUUAAGUCAUGAAUCUCAUAACUCACAAAACACAAGUUUUACCAAUUUGAUUUCUGUAAGAGCACUAACCUGAAAAAUGUGUCCUGGAUUGAAAAUUUUAUGUUAAGCUAUUCUUCUUUUUUUGUUACACUUCUAGACUGAGCCAACAUAUUUAAAGCCCACUUUUAAAUGAUUACCCUGUGUUUUAUUCAAGAAAGACAUUGCUUAGUUCCAUAACCCAUACGAUUUUCAGUUCACAAAAUGGAUCCCCUGCCCAACUCAGUGGGUGCUGCAUUAACACAAAUCUUAUGUGCGCUGUUGCUGUACAAGUCUUAUUGCAAUAAUCUAGAAUCCCAAGUUUUGAAAGCAAGUUUUUGCAGAUAUAUUUUUUUCUUUCUGUGCCAAUAUCUUUUAACUCAUAAUUGCUAAUUUAUAGUAUAUUUUCCUGUCCUUGUCUGAAACAACUUUAGCUAUUUAAAAGCCUAUAGCUUCUUAUGUUGGUAGAUAUCAUUAUAGCAAAUGUAUUUAUAUUAUAGAACACAUCUGAUACAUUUGUUUUGAGUGUGAAAAUGUAUAUUUGUGGCUAACUGUUGUGUGGAUUUGCUUCCUAUGAUGAUAAAUGUUUGCACUAUUUUAUAGUUGAGCCUCCAGGUUCUUGAAUCAAGUGCUCACAGGUCACUGUUGCAUUUGUAUUUUCUUCUAGUGCAAGUUCUUGAAAGAACAUGCAAAUGGAUCUGAUUUCUUGUAAUGUCUCACUUUGUUGCAUUGUAAGUCCCAUCUCAAAUCAAAAUUACUGUAUUGUUAAAAAAAUUGGAGACUCGUAUUAAGAGGGAUGCUAAAUCCAGGCAAGAUAUGAGGGAUUCCAACUUCAUUUGGAGUGAAAUUUUGAUAUUAAAAGGCAGCAUCAUAUUGUCCAGACCUCCUUGAAUCGACACAUGCAGGACACUGUGAAGAAUGUCUGGUACUUCUAGGGAAAAUGGGACCAAUAUUGAACAUGAUUAUUGGUGGCCACUCGGCAUUUGAUAAUUUCCUGGAUUAAAAAAGGCAGGGGCCCAGUUACACAGUGAGCAGCUUAAAUAUAGCAGCAAUAACUUUAUAGCUGAAAUUGAUGGGAUGACUCUACACUGGACUCUCAGUUCAAAAAUACUUUACCUAACUUUUGAGAUCAAGCUAUACAAAACCUGAGCAUGCCAUGGAAAUCAGAGGACAGCUCUUUUGUUUUUAGUCAUGUACAUAUACAGGUAUCUUUGCAAAUAAUGUUUUUAAAUCUUAUCUCAAGUGGUCUCUUCUCAGACUAAAAUGAUUUGCCCAUGAAAAUGCCAAAAAUAUGAAACAGAGAAGAGAACUAUCUAAACAAUAAAUUCCAGCAGGCUACAAAAAGCUAUUUUUACCAAAGCUAUUUAAGGCUGAAAUAUUAAGCACAUGUGUCCAGGAGAAAGAACCACUGAAAUGGGUGAGACUUACUUGUAAUUAUAUGACCAGGGAUGCACUGUCUGUUUCUUAGACCAUCAUGAUACCAAAAGCUUUUGCACCACCUGAUCAAUUACUGUAUUAUGAAAAAUGUGAACAAGUUGUGUUUCACAUGGCACUCCACCAAGAUCCAUGGAUAGGUACAGAAUUCAAGAGGUCUGUAGACUGUAGCCAUCAGCAGUUCUUAAAAACUGGAUAGCUAGGGCGGCUAAGUAAAAGAUUGUGAGCUAAAUAUUAUUUUGGAACUUGUAUAAGUGGUGAAUACCCAGUCCCAAUUAUUUUCAUGGAUCUGGUUUAUGGGGACUGAAAUAGUUUUUAGGUCCAAGGUUCCCUCCCACCUCCUUCUCUUGCAUAAAGCAGGAAAGAAAUACAGAGAGGCUAAAGGUCACCCACAUGGGGAACUACAGCCCAUCCAAGAUUAUUAUUUUCAGUUUACCAUCUCACCCUUCUAACUCCAAAAUUGUUUUUAAAAUAUCCUAGGCAUGUGCCUUAAAUCCAUACUAGUAAAAAGGGGGUGGAGGCAAAGGAGAGCAAGAGUGAGUAGUCACUAACUCUCCUGCCUGAAAAUUAAAAAUGUGUUUGCAGCUAAAUCAGACACCCAGAAGGAAGAAGGAAUUACCAUUUUAACUGUCUUGUCCUUUGGCAGGAAUAGAUUAGUUGCAGAAGCAUUUCAUUUUGGGGUUAGGAGUGCAAAAAAAUCAGUUACUAAAACCUCUGUGAUGAAUAUUCCUCUGCUUCAUAGUCCUGCUUCCAAAGUACUUGUACUUCAAAGUAUUUGUGCUAAUAAGAUGGGAAGGCUGGUGAUUUUUAGCAGUCUUUAAACUUGGAAAUUUAAAAGCACGGGGCAGAAGCAAAGCCAGGGCUCAAGCAAGUUCUCUUUGCAUGAAUGUAUGGCCAUGCUAGCUAGAGGAUUCUGGGUGUUGUGGUCCAAAAACGUAUUAUUUCCAAACUCUAGAAGUAAAAAUGCUUGUAAAAAGGGACACUUGAUUUUCUCACAUUGAACAUAUACAUACAUGUAACUUGGACAAGUAACUUUUUUGAAUGACAGCUCAUAAUCCACCAGCAAUUGGCUGUGUGUUGGGAUGUGUAGUUCCAAAAAGCAAUGAUUUUCUCUAUAUGUCUUGUACUGGUUUAUCAUUCAUGCAUUACAGUCAUUAAUGCCACUACAAUAUUGCCAAUGCCCUGGCAUUAGACUGUCAUUUAUUUUCUCCAAUUUGCAUAUUUAUUCUUUGUGCAUAUCCAAACUUUGAUGAAUGACUUUUCCAAUUUUCUGUCCAGCAGUAUAUAUUGCAGAAUUCAAAAUGCUGACAUUGCUUUUGUUUUGUAUAACAUGAACGUUCUCUGCUCUCCCUAUUAAAAAUUUAUGUUCUGGCCAACAUUAAAGUGACCUAAAUGGUA